AUCAUUUUAACUUUUAAGGGUUUCUUUAGCCUAUAAUAUUAUUUCAAUUCUCAAUUCAAACCGCUCUCCGUUGCCAACUCGGACCCGCAGUUCUUCAACUUUCUGUAGCUGCGAAGAAAUCAGAAUUGAUAUAGCAGAGAUUGCCGCUUUUCUUAUCGGGGCUGAAAUUCUGAUUUCAUUUUAUGGACACUUCAACUCCAUCCAUUCUGCCUCCGACGCAGAGGUACGCCGCCGGAGCAUUGUUCGCGCUAGCUCUUCACCAGGCGCAGAUCCAUCAAACCCGCCCGCUGGGCUUGUUCUUCGGGGAAGACCCCACCGACGCCGAUAGAGCCAGUUCCUGUAGUAGCAGUGGCAAUUCUGUCUCCGAGGACCCUGACCUUUGGGUCCAUGAGAAAUCCGGCCUCCUUCGCAUCGUUUUCAGAUUUCUGGAGAUCGAUACUUCAGCGUGGUCUGGACUGGAGGAGACUGCUGGCUCUGCUGCAGCCAGGCGUCAUAUUGGAGCUUUCUUGAGGUUACUUGCGGAAGACAGCAGUGCCCCUUCUAAAGACGAAGAUAAAGAGAUUGCUCUGGCAAAAGCUAUUGAUGCUACGGAACAAACCAUGGAGACAGUACGUGUGUCAUACAGGUCUAAGAAGAAGAAGCAUCGGGAGUAUGAAAAUGAGUGUCGUGAGAAAUUGGCCUCUGACAAUGGGCAACCUGAUUCGGAUGCUCCAAAUGUACCCUUUCUAACGCCACAGGAAAGUGCCAGUAGUUCACCUAAUUCUCAUAGUCCUCGUAGCCUGGAUAAAGAAUCUGCCAUCAAAGUUGAUGAUAAACCCAUUGAAGAAGUAACAAUGAUUAGUUACCACAGGAAAAUUACAGUUCUUUAUGAGCUUCUUUCAGCUUGCCUCACAGAUAAGUAUAAUGAUAACAAGUCGAGUACUAGGCGAAGAAAGGGUUACGAUGCUAGGCAUCGUUUGGCUUUGAGAUUGCUGUCGACUUGGCUUGACAUCAGUUGGAUAAAAAUGGAAGCCGUUGAGACCAUGGUAGCUUGCUCGGCAAUGGCUAUACUGAAACAGCAAGAGGUGAAGGGGGGAACCUCAUCUGCUGAAGGAAGAUGGGCGAAAAUCAAGCGUGCCAGUAUCAUUACUACUGCUGCAAUAACUGGAGGAGCCUUAAUGGCUAUCACUGGUGGAUUAGCUGCCCCUGCAAUUGCAGCAGGGUUUGGCGCUCUAGCUCCAACUCUGGGCACUCUUAUACCUGUGAUCGGAGCAAGUGGGUUCGCAGCAGCUGCAACCGCCGCAGGAACUGUAGCUGGUUCUGUUGCUGUCGCUGCAUCGUUUGGAGGUGAAUGUUUGACCAUCGUUUGCCUAGCCGCUGGAGCUGGACUGGUAGGAACCAAAAUGGCUACGCGAACUGGUAGCAUAGAAGAAUUUGAGUUCAAAGCCAUGGGAGACAGCCAUAACCAAGGCCGGCUGGCUGUUGAAAUCAUGAUAUCAGGAUUUAUCUUCGAUGAGGAGGAUUUCUUCAAGCCCUGGGAAGGACAAAUUGACAACUUGGAGAGGUAUGCACUGCAAUGGGAAUCUAGACAUCUAAUUGCAGUGAGCACUGCAGUUCAGGAUUGGUUUACCUCAACAAUUGCGUCACAGUUGAUGAGGCAAGGUGCUAUGAUGACUGUGAUGGCUACACUUAUGGCAGCCUUAUACUUGCCGACAACAUUACUUGCUGCUACUAGUUUCAUAGAUAGUACAUGGACAAUUGCCAUCGACAGGACCGACAAAGCUGGGAAGCUGCUUGCUGAACUGCUACUAAAUGGACUGCAAGGGAAUAGGCCUGUGACACUGGUUGGUUACUCACUCGGAGCACGAGUAAUUUUAAAGUGUCUCCAGACUUUGGCUGAGACAGAAAGCAGCGCUGAAGUAGUAGAGAGAGUUGUUCUUCUUGGAGCACCUAUUGCCAUCAAAGACGAGAACUGGGAAGCUGCAAGAAAGAUGGUAGCUGGAAGGUUUGUGAAUGCUUACUCAACAAAUGAUUGGAUGCUUGGAAUUGCUUUCCGGGCAAGUUUGCUUACACAAGGCUUGGCCGGGAUUCAACCAGUAGACGUCCCAGGAAUUGAGAAUGUUGAUGUUACUGAGUACAUUGAAGGCCACUCGUCGUAUCUCUGGAUUACACAGGAUAUCUUGGAACGCUUGGAAAUGGACACUUAUUUCCCAGUUUUCAGGAACAGCCCCUUGAGUCCCGGUAGACGCAGCCGCCCCUCCAAAUGACAGGUAUCGGUUAGGACCUGAAGAGAAAGGACAGUAGGGCAGCGGUGACAGAGAGGAAGCAAGUCCGUUCUCUUGUCGGAGCUUGUUGCUUCGCAAGAUCGUAUGUUUGUAUAUAUGAACGUGAAAGGUUACUGAAAGAUAAUGAUAGAAGAAAAGCACUGAAAUGAAAGCCCCCUUCUCUUUGGAUGUUGUAUAUGAAUGGCACAAACCGAAAAUCAAAUGUAGACGUAGAACACGGCUGCAAGGUCCUUUUCACUUGGCAGUUUGAUUUGCAGACCAGAAUGUCACUAUAUAAUUAGACAUUAGUUAGUUGAAACGGUUGCAUGAACCAAUACCCCUUUUGAAUUUGAAGGCCACCAUUCCAUGCA